GCGGUGUCCUUGUGGAGUCCUGUCAGCGGCACUUUUGUGUCGCAGUUUCCAAAGUGAUUUAGUGAGCAUCAUUAUGUUCCGUAUUAAUCAGCACGUCAGAAUUGUUGAAGUACAUUCUGAUACGGACUCCUCAAAUUCUUCAUGCAGCAGCGAAAGAUUAGGACAGGAACUGGUCUCUGCGAUAAACAUUGAUGACCUUCCUUAUGAGCUUCUUAUUGAAAUAUUUUCGUAUCUCAGUGUGGAAGAUCUUGCUCUUCAUGUCAGGAAAGUAAGUAGGAAGUGGGAAGAACUUGCAGAAGACAAUAGACUUUGGAAGCACUUGACAUACUCUCCAUCACAUCGACAUACAGAACUCGAAAUUAUUGAUGUUUUGAAACAAGCACCGAAACUUCAAAGGUUUAUUCCUCCAUUUCACUUGUCAAGAAAGCGUUUUUUUCAAACAAUUGCAGUGCACUGCAAAGACAUGAGAGUAUUGGCAAUCAGUGCUGAUGAAGAUAAAGAUACAGUAGAGAAACUAGUGUCUGAAUGCCAAAAUAUGGAAAGUUUCACUGUACAUUCUCAUGAUUUUUCAAAAACCAAAAUAUUACAGAUAGUCAGCAAAUUCCAGAAUCUAAAGAAUUUGAAAUUAACAGGUGAUAUGUCUGUGAGAAAUCACAAUAUUUUUGCUGAUAUCUCACUCGGAUGUCCCUCUCUUGAUACAUUGGACCUUCAACAUUUAAGUAAUUACAGUAAUAAUAAUUUAGAAUUUUUUUUGAAAGAGAAAAAAGAGAAAAUACUUUGUUUAUAUUUGGAAUGUUGUCGGCCAAGAGAACCAUGUUCACUUCCUAUGAUUUUUGAGUUGUGUACCACACUGCAACAUCUGAAAGUUAGAGGACAUGCAGGAACAACAUCUUCAAAAGAACUUAUUUCAUUGAAGAAAAUGAAAAACUUAAAAAGUCUUUUUAUGGAUCAUUUUGUAUAUUACAAAAUUAACCAUCUUGCUGAUUAUUUGCAAACUCAAUAUGCUCAGAACCUAGUAUGCCUAAGCUUGGGUAGAUUUAGUGGCUCGGUGGAAGAGCUCAGUAAUUGUAUAUGUAUGAAUUGUUGUAAAUUAAAACAUUUAAAUCUUGGACAUUGCCCAAGGCUAAGAGAUGAUGGCCUCAAGUUUAUUGGAAAUUUAAGGGAUUUGAGGAAAUUAUAUCUUGUUUCUUGUUGUUGUUUAACAGAUGAAGGUGUGUCAUAUAUAGUUAGAUGCACACAGAUAAGUUAUUUAAACCUCAACGGCUGUGGAAAUAUCUCCCAUGAUGGUUUUGUCUUGUGUUUGGAGAAUUUGAAAAUGCUGAAUGAACUGUGUAUAGAUGCUUGUAGAAUGGAACCACAUGCUUUACUGAGGGUCCCCCAAGAAUUGAAAAACUUGAGGAAACUUAAAAUCAGACAUAGAGAUGAAAGAGAGAUGAACCAUGUGAUUUCAGCUCUGAGAAAAAAUGUGCCAUAUUUACAAAUUCAAUAAGAACUCAGGCAAACAGGAUCAUUUUGUCAUUCAUUCUGUAAUUAACACUGGGUUCAUUUCAUUUCUUUAUAAGAUUAAUAUAUUUUGCUGGGCCAGAUGUUUUUAAUGUUUUACUUCAUCAGAACUGAAUAAAAAACAAUAUUGUAGUUUAAAAUAGAAAUUUUUCAACUUUUAUUUAAUUUUAUUUUAAUCGAGAAAGAAAAUAACUUUCUAUAAAUUUUCAUUUUAAAAUACCAAAGUAUUUUGUUCUAUUAUUUACUGAUAUUGUAAAUACAAUAUUGACAAUACAUCAUGAACACUGGGGUAGUCCAUAAAUUAUGUAAUGCUAAAGAGGAGGGGAGGGUGUCAGGUAGCUUUACGCUGCUUUACUUAAGAGACAGUAUACACACAUUUGUUUUAUAAACUUUUAGGUUGAAUUAAUCAUUAAAUUAAUAGAAAAAGUUGUACAUUUAUAAUAUAAUUUAAUAAUAAUUUUCCUAAUGUACCAGAACACUGUUUCAUUGUGUUCUGCUAGAAAUGAAGACCUGUGUAUACAUACCAACCAAUAUAUGUACAUACCAAUAUAUGUACAUUAUAUAUGAUUAUUAUACCAUAUAUAGUUGUCAGAAGGUCUCAAUUCUCCCCCUUUUGUAUUGUGUGCAGCCAACAUUUUUACUGUUAUAUAAUUUCAUUUUACUUGUAAAAGGGGGUUGAUGCAAAGUCUACUUUAUUAUUUAAUGGGGAUUCCAACUCAGCCCAAGUCUUUUACUUGGGGAACAGAGGUAUCCUAAAGGUUCCCUGUUUGUGUUACAUAAUUUAUGGAUGACCCUACUGUUGUUUCUUUUAAGGGCUAAGUUUGAAAAUGUAAAUGUUAUUUAUACUUCAAAGAAGGUAGUUGAAAAAAAAAAAAAAAACCACACACACAGAAAAUAUGUAUGUUUCUUUGA